UGUGUGUGUGUGUUAAAGCUAAAUUCGCGCCCCAGUCUCUUUAUUUCUCCGCCAGGGAAAUUCGGGGACACCACCGCAUCUUUCGGUGUCUCCGUCGCCCCUUUUCUUUCUCAUUCCACUCUUUCUCCGUUUUGCAUUUUCCAUUUCCUUCUCUCAGAUGCCGCUGAUCUCCAAUUAUUCGCCGUGCUGCACCGCCACCGUCGCCGCCGCGGUUAACUCGUCGGAGAGGAAGACGAGGUUUGUGUCUAAUUCAUGGAAGAAUUCAAAAGCCACGUCUCCAAUUCUGCGGCUCUCGGAGAGUGACAAAUUCAAUGUCUCUCGGUUAGCUAUUAGCCAGUCUAGCCGGGUAGUUAAAGACCGGACUAUAUCAAUGGCAUUGGUGGGCGACACUAUAGGACAAAAGGGAGAUGUGGCAAGCUCCUCUAGCAUUUUGGCAUAUGAUUUGAUUCAAGGGGCACUUGUGAGAUGGAGUUCUGUUAUGGACAAAUCUUUACCUGAUCCACCAACAGCUGUAUUUCUGCAUGGGAUCCUAGGUUGCAGGAAAAACUGGGGAACUUUUGCUAGGAGAUUGGCACAAGAGUUUCCUACGUGGCAGUUUCUUUUAGUAGACCUGCGAUGUCAUGGCGAUUCAGCAUCGAUCCAGAAGAGAGGUCCACAUACUGUUGCAUCUGCUGCUCUUGAUGUUUUGAAACUGGUUCGGCAGCUAAGAAUAACGCCUCGUGUGUUAGUUGGUCAUAGUUUUGGAGGAAAAGUUGUUCUGAGCAUGGUGGACCAAGCUGCAAAACCUCUUGCUCGGCCAGUGAGAGCUUGGGUUCUAGAUGCAACCCCUGGAAAAGUUCGAGCAGGUGGAGAUGGAGACGACCACCCAGCAGAACUCAUAUCCUUUUUAAGUACACUGCAAAAGGAGGUCUCUUCAAAGCGGGAUGUAGUCAAAGCUCUUAUUCAACAUGGGUUUUCCAAUGAUGUGGCACAGUGGGUUGUGACUAACCUACGACCUACUGGCUCUCCUGAUUCACCUUUGUCAAGCUUCUCAUGGGUGUUUGACCUGAGGGGGAUAGCAGAAAUGUAUCAAUCCUAUGAAGAAACAAAUUAUUGGAGAAUUGUUGAAGAUGUACCCCGUGGUGUGCACGUUAACUUUUUGAAAGCAGAAAGAAGCUUACAUAGAUGGGCUCUUGAAGAUCUUCAGCGAAUCCAUGCUGCUGAGGAGCUUGCUGCUGAGGAAGGAGGUGGAGUUGAAAUGCAUGUCCUUGAAGAUGCUGGCCACUGGGUACAUGCUGAUAAUCCAGAUGGACUGUUCAGGAUACUGACAUCCUCUUUCCAGGGAAGCAAGACCUGAGUACUGUUAGAAUUGAAUAUCCAAACAGAUGCAAAUCUGUGUAGAUAUCCAAAUUCUAACAAGUACACUCAUCUAAUUUCUAUUUUAUUCGGGUCAAAUUUUUUUCUUUUUCUUCAGUUAGCCCUUCUAUAUAUACUUUUAUUUUAUUUUAUUUUUGCUUCUUGUACAUCUCCAAUUUUUUUUUUUCUAUCAUUAUUCAUUAAAUCCCUCCUCUACAAAUAGUUAUCAGUUUCAUGUCCAGAGUUUGUGAGCCGUUGAUUUCUAUAUAUACAUGAAGAUAGCCGAAACAUUUAUUAGGAGUUGUUUGGUAUGCAGGUAUGAAGUCAAGUACUUUUACAUCUUGAAUCUAAGAUAUUUCAAUAUAAGUCUCUCAUGCUUCAACUGUUACACGAAACAUUUAUGAUAUUGAACUCUCAUUUGUGUAAUACCCGAAUAUCUUUC